GAGAAAGAGGCCGUGGGUCGGUUGAGAGGGAGAAAGAGGCCGUGGGUCGGUUGAGAGGGAGAAAGAGGCCGUGGGUCGGUUGAGAGGGAGAAAGAGGCCGUGGGUCGGUUGAGAGGGAGAAAGAGGCCGUGGGUCGGGUGAGAAUAGAAAGGUCGAUGGUAGGUUAAAGGGAACCUACGAGAUAAUCUGUGCAUAUGCAUUUAUAAUGACAUGCCCUGUUUGGCACUGAUUUGUUAAGUUCUAUUUGAUAUUUGUAUAGAAGCAUAGAGACUGUCAGUGCCACAAUUUUAUGUUACUAGAAAUAUUUGUUUUUGAAAUAAAAGACUGCUCGCUUUAUUGGUUUGUGUUCUUUCAGUUUAGUUUAGUAUUCUGAGAAUCUAGAAUGUGGUUCCUCAGUCAGCCCCACACAGUAUGCAGGCAAUGAUUUCUCAAUACUAUUUCUAUUGCGCCUUUCUGACACCCACAAUCACAAUAUCCACUGUUACGUAACGAAGUCCAUAUUUGGUAACUUAUGAGCUUUCCUGUGACUCAAUUGGAGCAUGGGAACGCACUUGACUGAGAUCUGUGUCAAAGUUUACUUUCAGAAUUGCUCUCCAGUCUCAAUGCACCUGUCACAGUAAAAAAAACAAAGUGAUUACCAAUGAAUAGUAGCUGGGAUAUUAAAAAUGUCACUACGAUUCUGCUCAUUAUUUUGCAUUGUAAAGGUGCAAAGGCCCAGUCUACAAAGAAGAUCGCCAUCUUAGCUGGCACGGAUGUUACCUUAAACUGCUCUUUCAAGAAGCCUGAACAUGUACCGCUGAAGAAAAUCACGGUUGAGUGGGGGAUGAUGGUGGAUAAAGAGACCAUAAAGCACCUAGUGUACACGUUCCAGAACGAGAGUGCCAAGGUGCAUCGUGAAGGGUCUCGAGUCGACCAAACGGGGUUGCUUCAGGGCAAUGCAUCCCUUCGUUUGUUCAACAUGACCGUGGCUGAUGAGGGACUCUACCGCUGCAGAGUGAUCAUCACUCCCAACACAUACAAAGUUUCCUCACAGCUGGAAGUAUCAGCCAGACCCUCAGUGUCCCUCCCAGAGACCGCCAUGGUGAUGGAGGGGGAGGAACGGACAUUGAUGUGUGACAUCACGGGAUUCUACCCAGAGAAUCUGGCCGUGACCUGGCUGAUCCAAAAUGGCUCCCGGGUGGCCCGUGGGAGCAUGGCUCGCGGGGCCAUCUCGCGUGAUGUGUGCACAGGAAUGGCUGUGCCCAAUCCAGACGGCACCUACAGUGUCAGCAGUCACAUUACUGUCCAGGCUUCAGCCGUAGGGAGCGGAGGAGCCAUGUACAUCUGUCACAUUGAACAUAGGUCCUACCCUGAUGGAAAAUACAGCAAAAGCAUCUUGUUGACCGUGCAAGAUCCAGGGUUUAAUGCUGUAACGCUGAUGGUAGUUACUAGUCUUGUUAGUGUUCUUCUGGUCUUCUCUGUCAUCGGUGGUGCAAUGGUCUUCUACAGGUAUUUUUACACAGUUCCUCCCAGCAUCUCUGACAUCAUCAAACCCACCAUCGUUUAUGCUAUGAAGCCGACCAACUUAAAAUGCACCAUUAAAAGAGUACGACUGAGAGAGCUCAAAGUGAAAUGGUACAAGAUAACAGCCAAUAGCGACUGUAACGCAGAUUCCAAUAGCCAAUCAAAGGCACUGUUGAGCCACAAGGACCUGAGUGACCAGGCUAACAUCCACUCUGAGAGCACGCAUCACGUGUCCACCCUGUCCGUCUGUCUGUCAGUUAGGGAGGACCAGGCUAAGUACCUGUGUGUUGUGCUGUACAGAGGCAGGAGGAUCACCAGAGAGACCACUGUGAGUGUAAAAGUGACUCCAUCGCUCUUUCACAUCUCCAGCAUGCCUCAGAUCCCAGAGGUGAAGAGGUUGCUGGUGCUCUGCUGUCGGGUCGAGAGGUUCUACCCGGACGACCUCCAUCUCGAGUGGUCGAGAAAUGACGGGGAGCAGGUGAGGACAGCCACUAACUAUGGACCGUUCUCUGACCACGAGCGGAUGUACAGCAUGUGGAGUAAGAUCGAACUGACAAUAGCUCAGGAAGACGAGAAGGCGGUCUACACAUGCCGCUUGUAUCACUCCAGUUUCCCCGGGCCAGGAUACAAAGACGUUCUCUAUCAUAUUAACACACAAGGUACUCCUCCAAGUGUGAUGUUCAUCAAGUGUGAGCCACUACUCCCUCUGCCGGAUGAGGAGUGCACGCUCAACCUCUGUGUCAAAGACUUCUGUCCUGAACAAGUGUCUGUCACAUGGUUUAAGGACGGACAGACGGUCCCCAACAGCCAGUUCUUCAACUCCCCACCCAGCCUCAACAUCAAUGGCCUCUACUCUAUGUGGAGCUUCCUCAAACUGAGCCCCACCUCGGAGGACUACGGCUCAGAGUUCAGGUGCCGGGUGGUCCACAGUGCCCAGAAGGAACCGGAGGAGAGGGUGUUCACACAUCAGAUCUCAUAGUCACCUAGUCAAGGGAAGUCAGACCUUUGAUCAAAUACUGUGUUUGCACUUUUGGGACUUUUCUAUUGGUUCCAUUACAACAGGAAAGCUCAAUAAAGGACGGCUCAAGUAUUUGAAAUGAUUUCAAGUAGUAUUUGAACCCAGGUCUGGGAUGUAUAUAAGGAUAUUACCGCCAGUAUACCUAAGGUUAUUUUUGUAAAUUAAUUUGAUGCAUUUAUACUUGUUUUGUUAAUUCUGUUCACUUUAUCUUCUGAUAGAAUGUAAAUAUUGAACUGAAAAAGGUGCUUGCCCUGAACUGUCGUAGCAUACUAGAUAUGCUCAUGAAAUGUGGGGCCUAAACUAGGAAAAGUGUCAGUACUACACCUUUUAUAUUGAGGUAAAUUAAUCUAACAAACACAGGUUCGUAACCCUAUAUACUUACAUCCUGCAUACGGUAUGAAAAUGGCAGAUUGAUCACUAUAAACACUUCAAUUGGGGCGGCAGGUAGCUUAGUGGUUAGAGCAUUGGGUCAGUAACCAAAAGGGUGUUAAUCGAAUCACUGAGCUGACAAGGUAAAAAAAAAUCUGUCUUUCUGCCCCUGAACAAGGCAGUUAAACCCACUGUUCCUAGGCCGUCAUUGUAAAUAAGAAUUUGUUCUUAACUGACUUGCCUAGUUAAAUAAAGGUUAAAUAUGAUUAUUAUUAUUUUAAUAAUAAUACAUUUUUUAAUAGUAACAUACAUUAAGUCAGAGCUCUGCAUCUUCAGUUUAUGUAUUAGGGACAGACAAAUUAAACCAUCAAUCAGUACCUAGAUGGGUUUUAAAAUGGUUUAAAAAAAGACAAGAACUAAUCAAAACCAACUGCCAAAGCAGCAGCUACUCUUCCUGGGGUCCAGCAAAAUGAAUGCAGUUUAUACCAUUUUAAAACCUUUACAAUACAGUCAUAAUUUUCACAACACACUGUGUGCUCUCAGGCCCCUUCACCACAUAUUUCCACCACUAAAUCCAUGUGCAUGUAUAGUGCGUAUGUUAUCGUAUGUGUUUGUGCCAAUGUUUGUGUUGCUUCACAGACCCAGCUGUUCCAUAAGGUGUUUUUUAAUCUGUUUUUAAAAUCUAAUUUUACUGCUUUACAUCUAUUGAUGUGGAAUAGAGUUCCAUGUAGUCAUGGCUCUAAAAGUCUGUCCUGGACUUGGACUGUGAAGAGACCUCGUGGCAUGUCUUGUGGGGUAUGCAUGGGUGUCCGAGAUGUGUGCCAGUAGUUUAGACAGACAGCUCAGUGAAGUGGUUAUUUCCUUAAUUUACUUAAACAGUUUUUUCACUUUCUGUGUGUAACAUUAAUACCCACAGACAUGACUGCUCAAG